AUGGCUAAACACAUCAACUCUACUCCUUUGUCUUCUAAGUGGAAGCAGAAAAAGGCAUUGGAGAUUAUGAAAAAGUUGCAAAAAAAAGAUACAAAUCCUAAACAAAAGCCCAAGACUGUGAGUUUUGAUCUACCACGGAACGUAAUAGUAAGAUAUGACCCUAAAAUGGCUGCUUCAGCUCAACCUGCUGAUUCCCAUGCCAAGGCUGUGGCUAUAGAACGAGCCAAUGAGGUCCAAGCAAACCUUUCAUCCGAGUUACCUAGUUUUGUUAAGCCUAUGCUUCCAUCGCAGGUUACAGGUGGCUUUUGGCUGGGUUUAUCUAAGAAGUUCUGUGAUGCACAUCUGCCAAAGCAUGAUGAGACAGUUGUGUUGGUGGAUGAAGAUGACCAAGAGUUCAACACAAAGUAUCUUGUUGACAAGACUGGACUGAGUGGUGGCUGGAGAGGGUUCUCGUUGGCUCAUAAAUUGCUAGAGGGAGAUGUUCUAGUUUUUCAACUGACUGGGCGUUGGAAGUUCAAGGUUUACAUUGUAAGGGUACAUGGUCUGAACGAAAUUGAUGGGGCUCUUGGUCUUCUAAACUUGGUUCCUUGUGGCAUCAAAAUCGACUCGGGGAAUCUUCUGGUAAAUGAAGAUACAGAAAUAGAUUUACAUGAAAACACUGUUCGGGGGAAGGUUUUAGUAGAGCUUGAUCAAUCAGAAGAAGAUAGUGAGUAUGCAGAUUCAGAUUCAGCAGUUUCUGAAGGACUGAGAUUAUCAAAAUCAGUUAUAGAGUUUAAGGAUAUCAAGAGUAUUGAUGAUUUCAGCAUCGUUGUGGAUGGUUUAGUCAUAGAUUCUGAAAUACCAAAACAUUUUCAGAUCAAAUACUAUGACUUAUGCAGCAGUCAAAAAACAUAUCUUCAUGAUAACCUUCUCAAAGGUAUCAAUGUUAAACUAGCCGUUGGCAUAAUGUUAAAAACUAUAACAAUCGCCGACGCUAUUAGAGCUUGUAAAGUCACCACGACUCGUGAUAAUUUUGAAAUAUGGGACAAAACUUUGAAGGCAUUUCAAGAGGUGGGUAUGAACGUUGAGUUCUUAAGAGGCCGGAUAAGUAAGCUUGUGGGACUACUGUUUGAUUCAAAUGAGCUUCUUAAAGCAAAGAGGAAUGAACAAAUGAAAGCGGAAGAGGAAAUGAGAUCCAUCAGGAAAAACCUUUCUGAUGUUAAAGAGGUGAUCAAGAAUCUCGAUGUUGAAAUUAAAGUGUUGAAGAUCAAAGCCAAGAAGCUUGAAUCAGUCUUUCAUAUGGAAGCUGAAUCACCCUGGUGAUGUACAACUGGGUACUCAAAGAUGUGAUUUUUGUGUAGAAAGGCAACGCUUUUAUGUCGGAACUAAAGCAGUCUCAUUUUUGGCAAAUGUGGCUUGUAUGAUGUCAAGAUAUCAUCCGUCUUGCCUGAACAAUGAUGGUUCCGAGCCAUUUAGGUUUAACGCUAUAAAUGAUGCAAGUUUGUAUGGUUUACUUGUAUAAUCUCAACUAGUUAUGACUUAUG